AUGCGACCUAUAAAACAAAUGCAUUGGGCUAUGAACUUUACUCUGUAAUUAGUCAGUAUGAUGGUUCAGGCUUUGCAUUGGCAUAUUUGUUUGUUGAAGGAUGUAAGCAAGAUGGAGCAUGA